UUUUCAAAAGUGAAAAUUUUGACUUCAAAUUCAACAUUUCUAAUUUUUUAUACAAAAGAUUACAAGGAACUUGCUGAUUUAUGCUCCGUUUUUGUAUUUUACAAUACUUAAUUGUCGUAAAAUAUUUACAAAAAAAAAAAAUAUUAAAAACUUAACAAAAAUAUCAUAUUCAUCAAAGUUAUUUUACACGUCUCAUUCGAUGCACUCGACAUCAACCUCGAUAUAGACUUUUGUCAAACACAGAAAAAUAAAAAAUAAAUUAUUUUACUUAAAAAAUAUAUAUUUUCUGAAAAAUAAUUUUAGACCAGAAACAAAAGGAGUUUGAUUCACAAUCAAAAUUGCGUCCAAACUCUCACUCAUGUUCACAUUUUUUGUUCUGAUCCAGUUUUAAACACGCCCAACAGGUUUAUUAGUAGUACAAAAGCGCAAAAGCGUACUAAUGCAAAAAAAAAAAAAAAAAUAGGGGGUUGUUUGAACACCUAAUUCAGACCGAUUUAUACAUGAGUGUGCUGGUUCGUUUGCGGUCGAGACAGUUGAACCGGUGAAGAUAUAAACCGGUAAUCGACCCGUUAUUGCUCAAACUCUGUUAAAUCUGCCGUUUGCCGCCAUUUCUAAAUCCAACUUGGGUCGAUUGCGAGAUCCAGAGUGAGAGAGAGAGAGGCCGAACAAAUUGUUUCAAACAAUACACUGAUUUGUUGAAUCGUUUCGAUUAUCUGAUUCAAGAAGCGGAAAAACUCGAAAAUUUCAUAUUCGAAGAGAUUGACGAGAGAGAUUCCUAGAAAACGAAGAAAACUGAAGCUUUGUGAAGAGCUCGUAUUGGUUAUUAGGUGUGAUCAAAUUUAAGAUCUAUUAGCAACCAAACAACGUUUUUUUAAUCUUUUCUGGAUUUCAAGUCAGACUAUGCUAUGCAAUCAAAGAAUUUUUGAAGACUGAAAUGAGAUGCAAUGCAUGCUGGCGAGAACUGGAAGGGCGGGCCAUUUCUACAACCUGUGGCCACCUCUUGUGCACAGAAGAUGCUAGCCAGAUCCUCAGCAAUGAUGCAUCUUGCCCUGUUUGUGAUCAGGUGCUCUCGAAAAGUCUUAUGAAACCAGUGGAUAUCAAUCCAAAUGAUGAAUGGAUAAAUAUGGCCAUGGCUGGCAUUUCUCCACAAAUAUUGAUGAAAAGUGCAUACAGAAGCGUGAUGUUCUACAUUGGGCAGAAGGAACUGGAGAUGCAAUUCAAGAUGAACAGAAUAGUAGCUCAGUGCCGGCAGAAAUGCGAGACAAUGCAAGAAAAGUUCACUGAAAAACUGGAGCAGGUGCACACUGCAUAUCAGAAAAUGGCCAAGAGGUGCCAGAUGCUAGAGCAAGAGAUGGAAAGCUUGUCCAAGGAUAAGCAAGAGCUCCAGGAAAAAUUUUCGGAGAAAUCUAGGCAAAAGAGAAAACUUGAUGAAAUGUAUGAUCAAUUGAGAGGUGAGUUUGAGUCGAUGAAACGAUCAGCCAUCCAACCUGCAAACAAUUUCUUUUCUAGACCUGAGCCUGAUUUGUUCUCAAGUCCAGCUAACAUGAUGGAUAACAGAGAUCCUAUAAGAAAAGAUUGGUCGGUCUACACUCCUGAAACUCCAGGCCCUAGAGAGGAUAUAUGGCCUACAGCAAGACAGAAUAGUUCUAAUUCUGGCCCCUUUGACAUGUCCGGUGGUUCUCCCGCAAAACAAUCAGCAGUUCCAAUUGAUUCUGGAAACAGAAGGCUAGGUGCUCGUCCUGUUUUUGGAGCUGGAGCAGGCAACGCCUCAGCAACCUUGAGGAACCUAAUCCUUUCACCAAUAAAGCGGCCUCAGCUCUCUCGUAACCGUCCUCAAAUGUUCACGUUGUAGACAAAGUUGGAGGGUUUAUCAUUGUUCAACUAGUCAUGCUGGGCAGUUCUAUUGAUAUAUGUAUGCAAUCGUUUCGUGUCUUCUUACUUGGUGAGGAAAAUUUUCUUGACUUGGUACUUUUUGUUUCCUUCCUUGGCUGGAAAAGUCUAUGGUGGUCUUGUUAUAGGUGAAGCAGCAACCAAGACAGACAGAAAUAGAUGGACAAUACUAUUCUUGGUGAUUUACCCUUUUUGGUAUUAUAGUUGUGCAAUGUUGAAGAGAACUUAUACUGUAACUUUACUUGAGCAUCCAAAUUUAGAAGGUACUGUUGGAGCAUGUAGAAAGUACUUGAAUCAUCAUUUUCACUCUUGUUUGUAAAUAUAAACUCAUCCCCUUCACUUUUUU